GGGACCGUAUCAGUGGUGGCGCGACGGUCUUACCGCGCAGACGUGUUUAGUGUGUGCUCAUAUUCUUCGUAUCGCGAUGCAGCGUCCGUGGAGAUGAGCGCGCGCGGUGCAUCGCUCCGUCUCGCUCGCACUCACCCCGUCCCCCUCCCGCGCGCACGAUGACGCGCUGCGCUCUUCUAACCACGCUCUAUUGCACCAUUCUUAUUGGCUUCCUUCCCGCUGUAUACUCCGAUAGGAGUAGUUCUGAACGCUCUCCUGCCUCCCUUGAUGCGGCAGAGCUUCUCCGCGAUGCUCCCCUUUACCCUCCUCUACGUGACUCCGACCACUAUGUAGAUAUCAAUAAUCUCGCGAAGAGAAAAAUCAACGAAGAAGACAACGACAAAACAAUAAGUGAUUUAGUUCCGGAUUUUAAUAACGACGAUUUGCAACCUUUUUUUGACACAAAUGAGUUUAACGAUGAGGAUUCUAUUGAAAAUACUGAUGUAAAUGAAGUACAUGGUGUUGACUAUGAUGAUCCUGAAACUAGUAGUAUUCUAGUUACUCCUGAAGAAUCUACAUUCGAUGAGUUCAAAACGAAUUUGAAUAACAAAAUUGUUGAAGUUCCUAAAUUAUAUGACGAAAAUAAAUAUGCAAUUGAUUAUACAGAUAAGAGUAAAUUAUAUCAAAAUGAUUAUAAUGACGUUACUACUGCAGGGACAGUACAACAUAGAAAAUUAACUAGUGACGUUAAUAAUUCAAGAAAUAUAUUCCCAGACGACAUGGAACAAUUAAAAGAAACAAACGGUUUUAUAGUUGCUCGAGGUUACAAUGUAGAAGAAAUAAAUAGGAAUUUAAUGGCUGAAGAAGGCAGAGCUGAAGACGAACAUCAAAACUUUGGUUUCGACGAAUCAUUGAGAGAAUUAAUUCUAGGGAAAAUACCUCAGAAAGUAAACGAGGACGAAGAUGCUAUUGAUCGUCAGAAACGAAGCAGUGGACAAGAAUGGGAAAAACCAACUAAGUCACGUCGAGUUAAAACCGGUGACACGAUCCUCAAUAUCCGCGGAGCUGUCCGCGAUGCUAUUGGUGACGCAGGGGCAGCUCCAGGUAUGCGAGCGUCAUCGCGAGUGGAUGCAUUCGUGAUCCGUCCGGCACCAGUUAUGAGAGAUGAGCCCAGAGAUCAGAUGAGGGAGGCUAGAAGAGAUAGAGUAUCUGCGUCACCGCCUCAGCCAUUGAAACAAGAACGGGAUCUACUUGUGGAGGCUCACGCACACGCUCGAAUACUGUGCGAUCUCGUCAACAUUACAAAUCUGCGAUGGUAUAAAGAUAACGAGCAAAUCAAUCUACCGUCUUCACCUGGCGGAGGAGAGUCGGCCUGGAGGGAAGGUGAUGCGGUGGAAAUACCGCGAGCAUCUCGAGGUCACGCCGCACGCUGGAGGUGCUCCGGUCGAGACUGGUCCGGACGCACCGUGACUGGAGAACCAACGAGGCUUCUUAUAUAUGAACCUGUGCGGUCUGUGUAUCUGGCAGUGGACGGAAGACGCCUCGACGCUGGUAACACUUGGGUACCUGUGCGGGACAAGACCGUGCUUGAGGUCAGAUGUGUCGCAGAAGGUGGAAUUCCACCUCCAGAACUGUCAUGGCGUCUUCUGGCUUUAGAGCCGGCUCUAGAUCAUCGACCCUAUCUUCGUAUACAUCACACUAAUUAUACCAUCGAGGCUGUAGCGUGGUCACGAGUGGUCGUAACAGCGGCACGAGAGCUCCACAACGCCACGUUACAGUGUGAGGCGAGGCAGCGACGUCCGGACACCCCGCCCGUGCCGGCGUACGACGUGCUAACAGCCAAACUUGAAAUACAUGUCACUUAUCCACCGUCAUUCGUGAUAUCACGCUGGCCAGGAUUCGGAAUAUCUCUUUCCGCUGGCGGAGCUGCUGCUUUGAGAUGUGACGUGGACGCCAACCCCCCGGCUAGAGCUACUUGGAUGAGAGACACUGACAGACCUUCUAGUCCACCAACACCUCUGGAAGUAGGCGCUGAUGAUGGUGCAUCUCUGGGCUCUGCCACGCUCCGCUGGACUAGGCUGAGGGAGUCUCAUGCCGGAUGGUAUCGGUGCAGGGCACGAUGGAUGGACACUGAGUACUCUUCCAUUGGAUACUACCUUAAUGUGCUGCCAGCCGCGGAUGAAAACGCACAAACGGCGGAACCAGAUGCUAACGAUGAAGUACCAGAUCAUCAGAAUGUUGAAGUUCCUUUGGGAGGGAACGUUCAGUUACAUUGUCCUAAAGGGAGUGUGGGGUGCUGGUGGAGACGUGUGGUCGGUAACUCCAGUGAGUCGUGGGCUCCCGCUGGCUCUCAUCACGCGCAUGGCGUUCUAGGUAUCAAAGAAGCCUUAUACGAAGAAGGCGGCGAGUACAGGUGCGUGGGGGCGCGCGCGCCGGACCUCAAGCGCUUGAAGGAAUUGAAGCGAGUGACGCUAAAAGUAACAGGUGGAGCGACAGCGACCGCUGUGAACGCUGAGCCUACACCUAACGGCUGGCGGCUAGAAUGUGGAGCUUGUGGGCGUAACCUCCGCGUGCUAUGGCUUAGGGGGGGUAGAUCCACACCCGCCAUCCUCACACCAGAUCUAGCUCAACACUGCUGGAGAGCAGUGCUUUUAGUACCAGAACCAGAUGAGGUCUGGUGCGUAGCUGUAUCGUCUAAUGGCGGUGCAGUUGCAGUUUUUCCUAGAAGGUCGAUCCAGGCUUCUCCUUCACCCGCGCGACACGCGGUGAGGGCCUUACACGGAGACGCGAAUCACCCAACCUAUACAACGGUAUUGUAUAUUUUCGCGCUAAUCAAAGGACUUUUGUCAAUUUAAGUAUUUGACUUUCUGCUGUGAAGAUGCCAUUAUUUUAAGUUUUUAUCGACUCAAUUACUUUUUAAUAUAUUAUAUUAUUGAAAUAUUUAAUCGUGUAAUCAAUUUCUUUAAUAAUAUGAUGUUUGUAAUCUUAUUUUAUCUUAGUAACUAAUACUAUUUUCGUUAUACCAUUGAUUGUUUUAAUUUAUAAUAAGUUUAGGGUUAUUUUUUUAUUACAUCGUAUAAUAUUAAAUAUUCUCGCAGCAGGGAAAGCUUUUAAUGUCUAUCGAAAUAAUUAUCGUGAUUAUUAGUAGACAAGUUUAUCCUCAAGAAGUACUAGAGAAAUAUGACUGAAAAUUGUAUUUAGACAGUCCUGAUUUCCAUUUUGUACAACUAAUGAGGUAAAAGUACUGAAUAUUGGAAUAAAAUCAGUUGAAAUUGUACCAAAAUCUUCAUCCUCAAAAUUGAGAGUCAAUUUAGUAAAGAAAAAUUAUCGUCCAAAUUUUGAAGCCCGUAUUGUGACUUGAACAAAACAUGAAUGAAUGCGAUACUCUUAGACGUGUAUUAUAGAUGGUAAACGAUCUGUGUCGUUAAAAAUAUUACAGUAAAUUAGACUUUAUUGUGUACUAGUCCUUGUAUCUUAGGGACUAAAAUCGUGUGAACUAUCUUCGUAGAAAUGUGUCCUUGUAUAGCCUUCGUAGUGCUCCUAUAAUCAUAAUUUGUUAUACGUAUUUAGUAGAACUCUUUCUGUCUUGGCACGUUCGUUGCAGUGACAUUUGAAAUUAACGUUGUGGGGAAGAAAAUUAAAUAGAAUGUGAACAUUUUCCUUUUUUAAAUCUAGAAUUGAAAUUGUAAUUGCAUAACAUGCUUCUACUCUUACUAAAAUAUUUCUUAUAAUUUUGCAAUUCUAUUGACUUUAUUAAUAACAAGAAUUUUCAUUUCAAGUUUUUAUUAAAUGAUAUAUUUUUUAAUGUAAAACUAAUAUUUCCUUCCUGAGUAAAAUUUCAAUAUAAGUUCUUGAAUUCGAUUGCCAUUUGAAAGCUUUAGAGAAGAAUAAUCUUCUCCCAUUUUUCGUCUAAGCAACUGUCGAAUGCAUUGCUACGAACGCACCUUCUAUGCAUAUUUCAUCUCUAACGGUAGUUAUUCUUUCCUCUGUCUUAUUCCUUUCCUUGCCAUUGUUAUUUUAGUUCUAGUAAGUGUUUAAAACAGGAAUGGAAUGUGCCAAAUUGUUGAUAAUUGUAAUAGAUUUUUCUUAUAUAAAUGGAGGUAAAUUGUGAAUUGAAUAUAUUUAAUUUUAUUGGGUAUAUUACGAUGUCUGAAUGUUUAGAGCAAUGAACACCAAUGAAAAUGAAACUUAGAAUUUGUAAUUUAUUGGUAAUGUUAAGGUCACUUCCUCGAGAUUCGCGUGUUAUCUAAACGAAACUCGAAUCUCGCGGAAUACAACGCCCUACCGGCAUAUAUCUAUACUAUAUUUUAUAUAGACGUCAAAUUCGUAAACUAAUAAUAUAUGAUGUAUUAUAGCUUAACAAUUAUGUAAAUUUCGAUGUCAAUUUUAGAAGUCCAUUAAGUUCGGACCGAUUUUUGUAUGGAGUACAUUUGCUAACAUUUUGAUUGAAAUGAAAAUGUUUAUCACAUGUUCAAUGUUGAUCAUUAGUUUUAUUAUAUUACUUUCUUACAGCUCAGAUCAAACUGUGCACUAGGUUAGUGCUUUCAGCUAGCGCACAUGGCACACUAUGGCUGAAAAUGUGUAAUCGACUGCAUUUUAAUCGAUAAUCGUCUGUAAUAGAAUUGUCAAUUUAGUUUUAAAUUAUUUUUUGCGAAUUCAUAAGUUAUGUGAACAUUCUUAUAUAUAAGCGGCUGUUUGGCUGAAUUCAUACCGAGUCGUAAUUUAAUUAUAUCGGCAAUGAAAUAGCAAUGUGCGUUAGUUUUUAGUAUCACAGCAUCAUCGUUAUAUUGUUAAGAUUGUGAUAACAGAGGCGCGGGCGAGUUGCGGGUUCACUGAAAUAUAAACGAAAAAAUGAAAGAAAUUAUAAAAAUCGAUUAGUUUAGUUAAGUUAGAUUAUAGCUAAAUGUAUUUUUGUACCGUAUCAAAAAAAAAAAAAAAUUUUGGUCAAUUCGACAGUAAUUUUAAACGAAAUUUAAUUUACGUACCUGUUCAUGAGAAUGUAAAGAUCCGUCCAUUGCGGAGUCCGGCCUAGUUAAGGAGCUAUGUAGAACCCUGUCUGUCCAUCCUUAACUUCUUGUAAUGCGAGUUCAAUAGAUAGAUGAAUUUAUAGAUAGAGUAAUGGCUUAGAUCUUCUGACGUACACGUUUGGCUCUUCCCCUUUCCUCGACUAUACCCCGCGACCCCCGCCCCUCUAUAAAACCAUGUAUACUUGUCUGAGUAAUCAUUUUAUAAACGACCAGCCCACGAUAUGUUCGCAGUAUGUAUAUCAGCGGCGUAGCUAGAAAAGGAUGCAAUAACUCAGUGUUGCUAAAACUCUGGUGGGUCUCUAUUAGUUUGAAGAUUAAAAUAAAUUUGACAAAACUGAUAAUAACAUAAUAAACUCCAAAUCGUCUUUGCCCACUGUUGCCCUACGAAUCAAUAGCUGCGCUCAUAGCCCUUAUAAGAAAAUCAAUGGCAUGUGUCUACAAUUUUCAUUCAAUUCAUUUUAAAGGUUCAUGUAUUUUUAAUCCGAGUAAGUGGAUGAUGGUUUUAAUAAAUUUGUGUUUCAAGCGCAAUUUGAUGAAGUCGAUCCCAGGUUGUUUACUGACUCAUCGAUUUAUUGAUAACUUUUUCGUUGAGUAAAUUCUUAUUUGGGGAUCGCCUUUGUUGUUCCAAUGAGUUUUAUCAUCACACAUUAAUAAAUAUAUUUAAGCAAUAAUAUUUGAAAAUCACCUCCCACAACCAACCCACAAGAUUUCUUAUUCAGCAGGAAUAGACCGUUUCCACUGUAUAGUUCGACUAUUGUUGAUAUAAUAAGAGAAAUUGAAAAUUUUAGAUACCUUUUGCCAUUUUUAUCAUCACUGUCAUGUGUUAUAUACGAUAUUAAAGUAUUAUAAUACGAUAUUAUCUCUUGAUGGAAAUUGAAUAAAUAGAGACGGACAUACACACUACGAGAGAAAAGUUUGAGUCUUCGGAGAAAUAACAAAUAAACAGAUCAUAUAUUAAUAUUUAUUAUACAUGUUUAUUCGUAAACAACUGUAAAUAAGUUACUAAAAGAGUGUCAAAGAGAAUUAGAAAAUACUCAUAUGAAUAGGUAAAAUGAAGAAAGAUAUUUUAAAAACAAACAAAAAUAAUAAUUAUUACUACAAGUAUAUGUUAUAUGUUUUUACGUGACAAAGCGAUGUGACGUAACGAAUAGGCAGCACUCAGCUUGAUGUUUUCAACAUAAGAAGUAUAUACAGUUUGUUAAUACAAAGUUAUCACACAGAGGAAUUCAUUCAAUUCAAACAGUGAGAUAAAAAAUUAACUCUACAGAACAUUUUAAUAAUGAUUAAUAUUUACUAUUUAGUCUAUAUUUUUUUAGUUAGUCGGCACUAUUCCAUACAAAAAUCACGUAUGUGUGUGGAUUAAAUAUUGCCACUUAAUUUACAUUAGUUCCACACAGCCGAUAGAGCUGAAAUUCGCACAUACUUUCGGUAUAAAUCACUGGUAAUAAACACUUAUACAAGUAUACUAAAUUGUAUCCGUUACGCUUUAGAUCGGGCAAAGUGGAGGCGUAGAUGCAGGAAAGCGGACCCUGGCGUUACUAGGCCGGGAAAACGCUAGGCAGAAGAAGAAGAAAGACUAAAUUGUAUUCGUUUCAUAACAUAAACAUAUGAAGUAAAUACGUUCUUAUAUAUCUGUUUGAUUUCAACAUAAUUCACAACUAGCAUAUAACAUAUAAAUUAUAAAAAUAUAGAAGAACUUACUCAAGCACGCUCACUCGGACUUACUCGACAGUGUGUCACGUGCUCAAUUAUACUCGUGUUUCGUCUCGUAGUGUGUACGUGCUUCACCCCGGGCCGGUCGUUUUUGACAUUACGUUAUUUCUGUAGUCUUUCGUACUAGCGUCCAUAAUACGAUACGUGUAAGUGACGUAUUGGUGCCAAUACAUUAUGUAGUAAAUCAUUAUAUAUAAUAUAUAUCUAUAUAUAUUUACAUUUUAUUAUACAUAUUAUCGUUUACUUUGAUAAUGAAUGUACAGUAUCCAUAUAUCCAACGCAUGUACGAUCUCCUAUACCGAA